AUGGACACCGAGGUCCUCCCCGCUCCAAACACGAAACACGUUGCGACGCUGCACACUCGCCUCCCCAACGGCGAUGAAGUGACGCUGCUCCAACAGGCCGUCGAUGCCGAUGGCACGCGCCUCGGAACAACUGGUACGACGCUGUGGCUCGGCGCACAGGUUCUUUCGGCAUACCUUGCCUCGGCAAUCGAGUUCAAACCUAACCGCGGACGAGCGCUUGAGCUCGGCGCUGGCGUCGGAUAUCUCGCCCUCACAGUUGCGAGCCUCGGAUACGACGUUGUGACAUCUGACAUUGAGCCCGUGGUGUCGCGUGUGCUAUCGCCAAACGCAGCGGCAGCGCCGAGGGGUUGUGGGACAAUCGAGGCGAGGGAGAUUGACUGGUUCGAUGCGGUACGCGCUGCCAGCGAAGAGAGCGGACCAAGCGGAUCAAAACAGGGUGGAUCAACAAGUACCGAUCCAAAAUCCAGCGCCUCUCUCGCCCUCCUCGACGCGCAGUACGACCUCGUGGUCACCACGGACACGAUCUAUGCGCCCGAGAUGACGCCUGCCCUCUGGGCGGCGCUGGAGCGAGCGGCGGCACCACGACCCGGACGCCGGACGCCGACAGUGUACAUUGGCCUCGAGCGACGGGAUCCGCGUGUGGUGGAUGCCGCAAUGGAGAUGGGUCGGCAGCGUGGUUGUACCAUGCGCCGCGUGGCCCAUGGGCGGGUGGUGAAGGCAUUGGAGCGGGCGGGCUGGCACUGGGGCCCAGAGGACUGGGAGGGCAUCGAGGUAUGGAAGGGCAAGUGGCGAUAG